AUGGGCACUGUCAUGCACACAAGUCGCUUACUUUACCUUCCCUUCGAGUUAAGGGAGAUGAUCUGGGGCUUUUCAGCCUCAACCGGAGAUGCAAAUGGACUAUUGAGAUGUUGCCGUCAAACCAGAGACGAAUUCUCUCCUUACUUUCAGCUUCCUGACAAUAUCAAUGAACUUUACAAGCUCAAGAUCCUAGGAGACUCGACGUACGACCAUGGAAUUCGGCUCAAGUUUGAUUACUACUGGAAGCAAAAUGGUCACAUCCGCCACGCUGUGAUCGCCAUCCAGGAUAUGAGCGAUCCCAUGGUUUUGCGCCUUGGCAGGAUGAGAAAUAUUGACGGCAUCUUCGUGGCACUACGCACCCCAAGACGAGGUCACUUUGUCGGGGCGUUUAUGAUGAUGUUUGCCAAGAUGGCCGAUGUCUACACCCACAUCCUCAAUAGGUCACGGUUUCGCAAAAACAAGGGGUGGCCCGCAGACGCCAAAAUCACCAUUCAUUUUACUACUGGAGGUGUGCAAUCCAGCCAGUCAACGAGAGAAGCAAAGAACUUUUGGGAGUGCCGAGUAACGAAGAUACUCGAGGAUCCUUUAAGGAAGCAUAUUACAGACCGGGCACAGAUACCCUACUUCUAUGAGUACUUUCUUAUUUUUUGGGCUAGACUGUCAAGCGUGCCCAAGAUUCUACACGAUAAAGCGGUACGGAGUCAUGGGCAUCGAGGCUAUCAGCUACCAGCUCGCAAUACCAUGCCUGGCUAUUUGCGAAAGGAGUUUAAGGAGACACUUCUCAACUUCGAGGAGAAUAUCGCCUCGUAUGCGGCCAGGAUGCUAGUUGCAGAUGUAACAAGCAUAUACGACCCAGAAUUGUCUAACGUUAGUAAUCUGGGCGCUCCAGACCAGCUGGCCUGGGAGCAUAUCAACUACCACACAAAGAGUCUCAGGGCCAGGUAUCAAUUUCUACUGGGCAACUUGGUUGGCCCUGUCGGAGGCUGUUUGGAUAUGUUGCGCUUGCAUCUUUUCAAGACGAUGCUUUUGUCACCACUUAAUUACUUCAGCCACCAUGAAUGGUAUGUUGUAAGAGAUAGUGGUGGACUUGCUGGAGCUUCUAGCAAGAUCAAUCAUUACCUGAGGGCACUAUUUGAUCCUUACGCGACAGAGGAAGCUUUCCAUCUGUGA